AUGGAUUUAGGUUUUGUUUUCACAGAAGAAGACUUGAAUUCGGAGUUGCCGGAGAUUCUUCCCGGCUUGAGGACAUUUCUCUGCCGGGAAGAAUAUAGUAAGACAGAGUCGUUGGUUCCUAGACCAUAUUUGUCGGAGGCAUGGGAAUAUCAGUGUGAUAAACGGGGAGCACGCAGAGAGAAAGAUUCAAUGGUCAUAGAUUUUAGAAUGGCUAAGUUAUGUGGUGAGAUGAACAUGAAGGACAGUCUUAAAUGGUGGGCUCCUUGUGUAGCUUCCAAUCUCAAAUGA